CGGAGGGACCCGAGGCUCUUUUUCCAGCUGAGGGCAAUGAGCCGAAGGGCCGAGGCACCGGCAAAGGCGCAGCGUCCCAGGCUCCCAAGGGGCUCCUCCUCUGCUCGACGCCUCUGAGAAGUUUCUCGCAGCCCAGCGACCAGGCGGCAGGUCCGGCUUUGGAGCCCAGGCUGUCCUCCUCCACCUGUCGGCUCCCCGAAGGCCCUUCUCUCUCUGGGCCCCCGCCAUGGCGCCCCCUUCGCCGCCCCUCCUGCUGGGCGCCUGGCUCCUCUGGGCCCAAGGCUGCCUCGCCCAGCAAGUCCUGAGCGGUCAAAAGAUAUGCUAUGGUGAUUCAACACAUCCUUGCUACAUGAUAGCCUAUUUUCAAGACUUGUCCAGACGUGUGGGUUUCCAGGAGGCUCGCCAAGGCUGUGAAAUGGAAGGUGGAGUGCUCCUGAGCCUUGAAAGUGAAGCAGAACAGAAACUGAUAGAAAGUAUGUUGCAGAACCUCACAAAAUCAGGCCCUGGGAUUUCUGAUGGGGACUUCUGGAUAGGGCUAUGGAGAAGUGGUGAAGGUCAAACUACAUCAAGUGCCUGCCCUGACCUUUAUAAAUGGACAGAUGGAAGCAGUUCACUCUUCAGAAAUUGGUAUACAGAUGAACCUUCCUGUGGAAGUGAAGCCUGUGUUGUGAUGUAUCAUCAACCAACGGCAAAUCCAGGCUUGGGAGGACCUUAUCUUUACCAAUGGAAUGAUGACAGAUGCAACAUGAAGCACAAUUUUAUCUGCAAGUACAAUUCAGAUGAUAUCUUCGAAAAAGAAUUAGGAGACAGAGCGGAUUCACAUUACGAAGUCCAGGCAACUGUGCCGACAGGGAAGCCUCAUGAUUCAAGCAAGCCAGAAGACCAUUUUCCUGUGGUUGUUACUGAAACUGGUGGUUUAAUUCCCAAUCUAAUUUAUGUUGUUAUACCAACUAUACCACUGCUGUUGUUGAUACUGGUGGCUUUUGGGACUUGCUGUUUUCAGAUGCUACACAGAAGUAAAGGAAGAACAAAAACCAGUCCGGAUCAGUCUACGCUAUGGAUUUCUAAGUACCCAAGGAAAGACAGUAGCAUGGAGGUAUAAAUGACUGAUAAAAAGCAGGAAUGACACUUUCCAUUCAGGAUCUCUUUUAAUGUCAUGUCAGAUAUUAGCUUGGAAUGGCUUGAAAUUGCAAUGGAUCAGCAAGAUGAACUGGAAGCUCCCCCUUGAGGCAAUUGCUCAGAUCAUUUUUAUAUGCAGUGGUGUUUUUUUUAUAUAUCAGUAGCAAGACAUGGCACUCUGAAAGAGGAAAAUGCAUUUAUUUUGCUAAGGAAAAUGACUCUGCUACAGGUAGUAAUGAGAUGGAUAGAGCAUUUGGAAUAUAUAUGGUGUUAUGUCUACUAUUAUGUGUCAGUUCUAGAUCAAUCAUUUCUAGUUUAAAAUUUAUUUCCCCCUUAAUUUCCUCUUGCAUUGUACCAUUUCUCAUUAAUGUAUGUACUGUAAAUUCAGUUAAUAUAAAUAUACAGUGUAACAAAAUAAUUUAUCUUUGCAUAAAAUUUUUAUAAAAUGUUGACUAUAGAGGAUUAUUUAUUUGCCUUGAAAACUUACUUUACUGUUAUUCUAACUUGGAUCAACAUUGACAAAGAUAUUUGACAAUGUUCUGCUGUUUAACAGCGACAACAGAAUCCAAAGAUACAGGAAGACCAA